CUGAAAAUAAUGCUACUGGUGUGGAGCUGGAUCUUGAGUUUACUUCAGAUGGUUUCCCUAUUCUGAUGCAUGAUCGUACUGUGGACCGCACAACUGAUGGUAUCGGUUCUCUUGAUCAUUUAACUUUCGAAGACAUCCGAAAACUUAAUCCGGCAGCCAAGCACAGACUGCACAAAAACUUUCGAAAUGAGAAAGUACCAACCUUGGAGGAAGCUAUUGUUGAAAGUCUCAAAAACAACAUGACCAUUUACUUUGAUGUCAAAGGUCAUGCAAUUCAGGCCUCUGCAGCUCUGAAAAAGAUGUAUCAGGAAUAUCCUGAACUGUACACCAAAAGCAUUGUGUGUUCCUUUGAUCCACUGGUCAUUUUCAAGAUGAAACAAGUUGACAAGAAUGUAGCAACUGCUCUCACGCAUCGACCUUGGAGGCUAAGUUUCUAUGGGAAUGGUAAACCAAAAUUUCACGACUAUAGGCAAUACUGGUACAUGUUGCUGGAUAUCAUUUUGGACUGGUCCCUUCAUGCUUUUUUAUGGAAAUUCUUUGGUAUUUCUGCAUUUUUAAUGCAGAAAAAUUUCAUAUCAAUGGACUACAUUCGGUUCUGGGCUGAAAGAGGGGUUGAAGUGGUUGCCUGGACUGUAAAUUAUUCAGAUGAGAAGCGAUACUAUGAAAAAAUUCUCCAUUGUAUUUACAUUACUGACAGCCUUAUUGAAAAAUGUUCACCUGCUUCCUAACUUAUCUCCUGAGAUUUCUGUAUAAACUCACAUAUGUAGUGCUACUGAACUAAAUGUAUGAAUGGUGUCCUGUAUUAAACAAGGUGUACCAAUCUCUUUGAAUUUUUUUUGUAUUUUGAUAUUCAGAAAGGAAAAUAGGUUUUGAUUUGGUAAACUCCAUUAAUAGUGUAAAUAAUUAUAAUUAAAAGAGCAGCAUAAUGUUAGCAUCAAAUAGGUACAGCAAAAUGCUAAAGUGAUGUACCUGUCAAGAUUUGCUAGGGAAGGCAGUAUUCCUUCCUAGUUUCUGAAGAUACUGUCUUGUUUAUUUAUGGAUGAAAACAUGUUCAGAUGCUGUAAAUGUUAAGUAUGUGUAAAAUAAAUGCACACAAGUUGAA